CGCCAGCAGAGCCCCCGCGUCGCAGUCAGAGGGUGAGGCGUCCGUCUAACUAUCAGCGAUCGCCUUGGGUUAAUAGCCAAAUGCCACGUCCAGUGACACAAGUCUGCAGUGACCAUUAUGAGAAGUGGAUGGCUAGGUGUCGAGAGGGUAGGGGUCGUGAGAUUUAUGUCAAGGCAAGUGGUGGUUUGCGGGAGUACGACGACUUCGCGCGGGUGAAUAAUGUCAGCCAGGAAUUCACAACUGGGGAUAUUGACUUGUAUUUCUUAAGCUUGAGAAAUAGACUUCGAGCUUCAGCAGAUUUACUGGAUGACGUAGAUAUGAAUAACACAAUCAUAUUAGACACGGAUUGGUUUAUAUACCUCCAGGGCGAGUGGGACGCUCUAUUGGAGAAGUGGGCAAGAAGUGAGUUUACUCCAGAGGAGUAUCAUAUAUUGACGCAUGGAGCAGUAGCUGAUGGUUGGCAGCCCCGGAUAGACUGGCUCUGCCAAAUACGUGGAAAAGCCGUUAAGGGCCAUGAACUUCCUCCUGGUCAUAUAGGAUGGAUGGAUGCCACACAGGUUCUCAUGCCAGUCAUAAUUGGCCACCAUUUUGUCCUAUGUCGGAUCCGGUUAGGAGAAUUGGUUUGCGAGGUCUAUGACCCAGUAUUCCACAAGCUAUCACCUCGACAGCAGGAUGGUCGAGUUGGUGAACUACUGCCUUUACUGAGAUUGUUGCCAAUUGUCCUUCAGUUGGCGAGGUGGCUAGACGACACAUCCAUUGAUUCGACAGUGGCAAAGAAGAAGUACCCACUUAUGACGGCGGUGUUUGCUCCAGCGGAGGUUCAGUUUCACCAGCAGGACUCUGUCAGCUGCGGGCCUUUCGUCUGCAUGUAUGCAGAACGACUGAUAUCUGGCUCUCCAUCCAUUGAGUGGGGUAACCACAACGUGGCGGCAUACAGGGCCAAGAUUGCUAGAUCUAUAUUUUCGUUGUGUGAAACUAGGACACAUCGUAUCACUAGACUUGGUUUUGCAUAGUUUUGUAUAUUGUUACAUUAAUGUGUGCUUCUAUUUGGUUAUUCAACGAGCAUUAUUUCCUGUAAAUCAUUCCAGCUUAUCGAAUAAUAAGAUAAUUCAAUCAAUAUCA